UUUGUAGACUUCGCUUGUAGUUCCGGUUCAAAUCAGUAUGUAAAGAGAUGUCGUAUAUAUUCGCGAAUAGUUACUUGUUAUGUUUAGCCAUUUGUAUUGUGUAGAAUCAAUGAUUGUUGAAUUAUUAUAAUCAUUCUUAGUGUUUUUAGUAAUUCGGCUACGUCGAAUUAUGCAGUUUUAUAAGGAAAAACUUCUAUCGCCUGGACAAUUGAAACGUCUUAGUGAACACAAAUAUAGCUGUACGACAAGCAGUCUUUUGGAUGGAUUUCUUCAACCCUGGUGGGACUGGCUUGUUAGCAAAGUACCUCUUUGGCUUGCACCCAAUUUAAUCACUAUCGUAGGUCUAAUCGUCAACAUUGCAACUACUUUGGUUCUUGUGUAUUACAGCCCUGAUGCUAAAACUGAGGCACCUAGAUGGGCAUGUUUUUUAUGUGCACUUGGUUUGUUCAUUUAUCAAAGUUUGGAUGCCAUAGAUGGUAAGCAAGCCAGAAGAACAGGAACUUCAACACCAUUAGGUGAAUUAUUUGAUCAUGGAUGUGAUUCCAUAUCAACUGUUUUUAUUGCUUUAUCAGCAUGUAUAGCAGUGCAAUUAGGAUAUUAUCCAACAUGGAUGUUUUUUCAAUGUUUUUGUGCUAUGACACUUUUUUAUUGUGCUCAUUGGCAAACAUAUGUUUCAGGUUCUUUAAGAUUUGGCAAAAUAGAUGUUACAGAAGCACAAUUUACCAUUAUAAUAAUUCAUCUCAUUUCUGCAAUUUUUGGACCCAAAAUAUGGAUGAUGGAGAUACCAUACAUAGAUGGUUUUAUGUUUAAGUAUUUAAUAGGAGUUAUGACAGUAAUUUGUGCAGUGGCAAACUUAUAUUCUAUCUUUUCGGUGAUUUUCACCGGAGGAGUGGGCAAGAAUGGUUCAACUGUGGCUAUACCAGUGCUUGGUGUAGGCACAAUCAGUAACUACGUAGCAGUGUUAUUUUAUGCAGGCUACAUUCAUGUAUUCCUUGAAUUCUGUAAAGUCUUUGAAUCUGGUGGGAUUGGAAAGAACGGUUCCACGAUUGCAUUGCCAUAUACUGGCACAGAGGUCAAGGUGUUUCCAUUAUGGGCUGCUGUGGGCAUCGCUAUUUUACUUGCACAAAGCAGCAUUUCCGUCAUUCUUGCCGGUGGUGUCGGAAAAAAUGGCUCCACCGUCGCAGGAACAUCAGUUUUAUCUCCAAUUAUUCCAUUUAGUUUUGUGGUAGUACCAGCUUUUAUAAUUUAUAGAAAAAGUGCUGAACAUGUAUAUGAAAAUCAUCCUGCAUUGUACAUACUUGCAUUUGGAAUGGUUGCAGCUAAAGUUACCAAUCGAUUAGUGGUUGCACAUAUGACAAAAAAUGAAAUGGAAUAUUUAGAUAGUUCACUAAUUGGACCAGCAAUGCUAUUCUUGAAUCAAUAUUUCAAUUUCUUUAUUAAAGAAUAUUAUGUUCUAUGGUUAUGUUUUAUUUGGGUUACUUUAGAUUUGCUCCGAUAUAGUUCUCAAAUUUGUCUUGAAAUUUGUGAUUAUAUGAAGAUCAAACUAUUUAGGAUACCAUUAGGAGAUCAUCGAAUGAGCCUGGUUUCUAAUACAGCUGAAAAAAAUGUUUUGUUCACAGUUCGAACGAUGGUGGAACGAGAGCCUCUAUUAGACGAGGAUUAUCAUCAUGGAUCUGAUACUACUCUCGAUAUAUGACAAUUGAAAAAAUAUUCGUUAGCGUAAAUAAGUUAUAUCGCAGAACAGGAUUACGCAAAACUCUUUUUGUAAUUCUUAUGAUUCUUUUUUCUCAAUCAAAAAACAAAUACAUCAUUAUUUACGUAAUAGAGAUAUAUCAUUAAUGUAAGAAAAAUGUAUAAUUUUUGUGGUUUAAUUUUUUGUAAAGAUAUUGAAUUCGAUUAGAGAAAAGAUCAUAAACGACAUGAUAAAUGAAAAAAUUUAUUUGUAUAAUAGCGAAAUAGAAAAAGAUAUUUAAAAGAGAGUUUUGCGUCACCCUUCUUGGCAGCGUAGAAGAAAAUUAAAAAAAAAGAAUUUUAAUUUUUUCGAUAAGUAUAUUUUACAUUAUACGAGACUGGUCAAUUGAAAUAUUUUCAACAAAAUAAGUAAGAUCCCGUAAUAGUUCUAUAAACGGACACUAUGAAGUACAAUUUCGUUACCGGUAAUUAUACAACGAAAGACUCAUAGUUACUCGUAUUACAAUUAGAAACACUGCGAAUUAUAAGAUAAGACUUAUAUAUAUAUUACUGAAAACAUUUAGAGAUUUUUAUUUUAUAAAGGAAUGAAAAUAGAAUAGUUUUUUAAAGGACAAAAAAAAUAUAGAAUAAAAGAAAUUGAAGAGAAAUAUAUAUAGAAUAAAUAUAUAUAUAAUAUAUAAUAUAUGUAAAAAAGAUGAUUUAAUUUCUUCAAAAGAUUGAAGAUUAAUAUUUUUUAAUAUUGAAAAAUUAAUAUUGAAUAGUUAUGUAUUAGUUAUAGCAUAAUACAAAACGAAUAUUGUUAAUUUUUGUCGGUUUUACGACGAUCUUUAAUUUUUAACAGAAUUUGUAUUAUUUCUUAUCUUUGAUAAUAGUUCAAUUAUUUGAAUAAAGUUUAAAAAGCUACAAACGAUAGGAAAUAAAGAGAAUAUUUCAAAUAAUUUUGUAUUGAAAAACAAUUAGUUAUUUUUUUUUGAGAUUUAAUUUUAAUUUAAUUUAAUUUAAUUUAAUUUAAUUUAAUUUAAUUUAAUUUAAUUUAAUUUAAAGUACGUUACAAUAUUAAUUAUAGUAAAUUUUAUGAAAAAUUUUGUUUUAAAUAUAUAUAUAGGUAUGAAAAAUUCUAUAUUAUAAAGUAUAAACCAUGUAAUUUAUACAAUCAAAUAAAAUUUUUAUUAUCAUUUUGUUA